GGUUUUCAGUAGUCCUGCCCCUUAUAGGCAUGACACUAAACAUUCAAAUUCAUUCUUUCAUAGCUCAGACUGACAAAUACCUCAUAAAAAACAUGUCGAACCAAGAACCAAGAAAGACAGACAAUGUAUGCCGGCGCAAGCUGAACAGCAAUGCAGAAGAGCUACAUGUGGAAAACCUGUCUUUAUCUACGCACAGCAUUAAACGAUCCACAGCAAACCCCAAGCAAAAUGAACUGCGUCUGGUCCUGCUGGGCAAAACUGGUGCAGGCAAAAGUGCAUCAGGAAACACAAUCUUGGGAGAAGAGCGUUUUGAUGCUACGGUGAGCAUGGGAUCAGUCACAAAAGAAUGCAAGAUGGAACGCGGAAAAGUCGAGGAAAGAAACCUUGUCCUUGUAGACACACCUGGUCUUUUUGACACUGAUCUCAGUGAUGAGUUACUAAAAGAAGAAUAUAUACAUUGUCUGACUUUGUGUUUACCCGGCCCUCAUGUGUUUCUGCUUGUUAUACCAAUAGACCGUUAUACAGAGGAACAACAGCGGGCUGUGGAAAUAAUUCAACUUAUGUUUCAGCAGGACAUCACAGAUCGCACCAUCAUCAUAUUCUCCCACGCAGAUAAACUUGAAGAGCCCAUUAAGGAGUUUAUUUCAAAGCAAAACCAAAAAGUUCAAGAACUUGUGAAAAUGUUUGGGCAGCGUUAUGUGACUUUAGACAACAAAAAUCCAGCAAAUCGAUGUCAGGUCACUCAUCUCCUGAAGACAGUGGAUGAGUUGCUGGUUCAGUAUGACAACAAGCCCUUCACCAAUAAGGUGACAGAGGUAGUGCUGAAGGCCAAGGCAAAGAUAGAUGAAAGAAGAAUGAUAAAUAUUAGGGCGGAGGUACAAAAAAUAUCUGAUGAUCGUUGGGCUGAGUUCACGGCUGACAUGAAUAAAGACAGGCAGGAUUCAGAGAUAAAAAAGAAGAGUGUACAGAGCAAUAUUUAUCAGAUAGAGUCUGACAUUAAAAAGGAGGAACAGAAUGUAAAACCCAUCACAGAAAAACUGAAACAGUUGCGAACAUCUCUGGAGAUGGAGCAGAUGAACCUCAGAAAACUUGAGGAGGAGGAGAUGGAGAGAGUGGAGCAAGAGCAGAGGGAAAAAAAGAAUUUGGAGACAUGGGUCCUUGAGGAGCAGAUGAUGAGACUGAAUGAGAGCCCUGAUAAGGAUUCAAAUUACAACAAAAUGAUCAUUAAUCUCACUCUUUUACUGUUAGGGAUUGGGAUUGGGUCAUUUGCACCUUAUCUUUUGGGAUUUCUGUACCCUUUCAUUCCAGCUGUAGCAGAAGUUGGAGCAGCAACACAAAUUUUAGCACAGUUGCUAAAUUUGGGAUCUUUUCUUUUGGCGGCCGGUACCAGUCCAUUGAAGUGUAGCAUUCAGUAAUUCACACAAGCUUCUACAGAAUGUGUUUUUUAAAAUAUGGCAAAUAUAAAAAAACAGCAUUUUUAGCUUUAUUGAUAUAUCAGAGCUGAUUGUUGUUUACAGUUUUUCUCAGUUGCUUAAACAACGUGGCGCUAAACGUGAAAAUGAUAAUUGCGCCGGGUUGAAACUAGCAAAAGACACUUGGGUCACGCAUUGCGCAGGGUAUAUUAUAGAGCGCUAUUAGUUUAUGUAUUUUUUAUGAUUUGUUUUGUUUACUUUAUAUUAUAUAUGUAUGU